CUAUUGUUUGAAAAAUUGCACUAAACUAAAGGAUAUUCUGCAAUCUGAAAUAUGUUAUCAAUCAUUUUGUGUUUAAUUUGUGCGUGUCAAGCAACACAGGGAACUAACAACGAGUUACUAAAUUCAGAUUCUGAAUACGAUAAAGUAGAAAUUUUUAAUUUCGAUGAUGUGGAAUACCUAUUUUUUGUAUAUCAAGUCACUUUUGACGAAGCUCGUGUAAUUUGUCUAAAUUAUAAAGCUCAACUUGCAGUUUUGAAUACUAAAGAAAAGGCGGAUUUUGUAGCUCGCGCGAUGACAAACACCUUAGAACUAGGGGAAUUCUGGAUUGGUGCUCAGUCCGAUAAUGGAGAUUCAUGGUAUUGGUUUCACAAAAAGCAAAAAUUAAAUCUUGAUCACACUUUUUAUGGAGACCUCAAAAUAUGGGACUCGUUAGGUGUCAGUUCAAAUAAUGAAAAUUGCUUAAUGGUUUGUCGAAAAAGACAUAGUACUCCGACUUUUGUUCCUCUUCAGUGUUCUAAAAAAAGGCCUUUCAUAUGUCAACGUGAAAUUGAUAGAUUUGAAACGAGAGCCAACGAAAUGGAUGUGAUAAAAGUGAAUGAUGAAGAGUUCACUCUUUACUCAGCAAGAGCUACUUGGGCAGAAGCUGUCGUUCAAUGCAGACAAAAAGGACUACAAAUUGCUGAAAUAAAAUCUAAAAAAGUAGCCCAGGCUGUGGCCAUGUCUAUGCUGAGAGCUAGACCAGAUGCGAUGGAAAAUGUUUGGAUUGGUGGAUAUUUAAAAGGAAAGUCAUGGGAAUGGUUGGCAUCAAGUGAUAAGAUAACUGUCAAUGAAUUAUGGCCAAAUGACACUAGACUUUUGACUGGUUGCUUAUUAUUGGACAGGCAUGUCUGCGAAGAUCCAGUUUAUGAUAGUACUAAUUGUGAUCGAAAACGUCAUAUUUUAUGUCAGAAACCUCUGAUAAAAUUAAUUAGCAAAAUACCUUCUCCAAUAAAUGUCAAUGGUUGUCCAUAUUGGAUCGGAUUUUAUCCUUUGGAGUGGCUCGACGCGAAACGAGCUUGUCAGGCCGUUAAUGCUUCUUUGGUUAUUUUAGAUUCACCAAAAAUCAUAGAUGAUAUGAUGACUAUAAUGGUAGAUUAUAAAGAAGAAUUACGUCAUAUUUGGACGGAUGGACAUCGUAGAAAAAGUAAUGCAGAUCUCGUAAAGAAAAUUAAUCAGGAAAUUUGGUACUGGUCAAGCACAGACGAACGAGUUCCAACAUCAGGUAGUUUCAUUCCAUGGUGUAAUAGUCAGGAUAAUACAAAAAAUACAAAUUGUUUAAAUUUAGAUAGAGAAAAUCACAAGACACCUGUAGUUUAUGGACUCAAUUGUAGAAAAAAACAAACAUAUGUUUGUCAGCCAUGGACAGGACAUUGUAUUUCGCACCGAGUACAAGAAGAUUUACUCAAGAAUUAUGAGUUUCUGAAUUUAUAUUCGAGUCUUGUAAACAUCAAACCGGUAAAAAUGCCUGCAAUUGCGUUAAGUCUGAAUUCUUCCAGGGGAACUCAAGAGGACGUGUCUUAUGUUUAUGAGGAUAUGAGUAACAUGCAAAAAUUGCAUAGCUCUGAAUCUUAUUAUACGAGUUCAGUGGCCUUUUCAAUUCCACAUCAAGUGACUUAUUUACUUGAAAAGACUACUCAAUCCAUAAAAAACGAAACCAGAAAAUUUUAUAAUCCAGUUGUUGACAAGUUUCCUAAGGAUGGCGAAGAAAAAUACGAUAAUGAAAAAGAAAUUUUAAAAAUUAAAACAGACGAGGUAAAUCAAACUAAUUCACAAAAUUUGAUUUCUGACUUCUUGAGUCCAUUAUUUCAUUUUACACUACCAUCUUUGCCGCAGUUUGGUAUUAAGGUAGUCAGUGCUGAAGUAACGACACCAAAAUCGGAAGUUAAAAAAAUUUCCGGAAUUUCUAAGCCUAAAGGUACUACAUCUAAAAAUUUUACGAGAUCAGCAAAAAUUGAUAAUCAUACUCAAGUUACGAAAAGUAAUUUCGAAGAUUCUAAAAAGACUUCGAGUAAUUUGACACAAAAUAAAGGAGAUAAAAAUAAGAAGGUUAUUUCUGAAGUAGCUGAUAAAAAUGUAGGUUUAGCGAAAAAUUUACCGAAAGCGAAAGUUAAGAGUCUUGUAGCAGGAAAAUUAUAUACAACAGUAUAUACAACAGAAAAAAUGGAUGAUCUUUCAUCUGGUGGUUUAUAUGGUGACGAUAUUGACUAUUCUGAGACUUCAUCAUCAGGAGCUGAAAAUACAGAAAUAACGACGCCAAGUGAAGAUUAUGUCAAACUUAUAAAAUCGCUAGAAGCAUCUGGCAAAUUAAUUUCACUCUUAAAUGAAGAUAAAAAAAGUUCCAAGCUGGGUCUUUCUCUUCUCUUUGCUGAAAUGCUUCGAAAGAGGAUAAAUGAUGAAGUAAAAUCAGUACUUAAAUCAGAAUUGCAAUCAGAAUUGAAAAACACUUCACAACAAACUCCAGUCGAACCAACGAAUCUUUUCGGAAAUCCUGAAUUUACUAAUAAACCAAAGGAGCUAUUAACAAUUGUGGAUACUAAUCGUAUGGAUCUUAAAAAUAUGGAAAUGAAUAAAAAUCACAAUGUUAAAAGACCCUAUGAACAUGACUCAAUUCCACCUUAUUAUGCAUCCAAAUCUCCUUUGAGAGUUAAACUUCUCGACAACGGUACAGGAAUUCCUAUAUCCCCCACUGUUUCAGAAAUUCGAUCGAAUUUCGAUGAAAAUAAUUCAGAAAAACUAAAGGAAAAAUUAAUAAUAACUCCUAAAACUGAUCAGAAUAAUAAUUCGUUUGAUUUUCAGUUCUCAAAUUUCAACCCUCAUGAUAAGAAUUCAAUGUUGCAACUUGGAAGGUUCCUGAAGGAUAUGUUCGCUGGAAGAAAUCCUAACGCACAACAAAUAGAUUUUAAUUUGAUAACUCGAAGGGAUAUUUCAGCAACUAGUAAAGUAAUAAUUGACUCAGAAAAUGAGACUUCGACGCAAAAAAAUAAUUUACAGGAUCCAGUUUCUCAAAAUGAGAAUAAUAGAGAAAUUACUACGGUUACUACUACUAUCGUCACCGCUACUCCUCAAUCAGCCAAUGAAAACAAAAAUUUGAAGAACUGUCAAAAAGAGCUAGAUUAUUUAAAAAGAACAACUUCUUCUGAGACUUCCUCUGAUAAUUUGCGAACAGAUUAUUUACAAGAACAAUGCCAAUAUUUACCUAUUCCAGUACCACCUGCUCCUUCCAGGAUUCCCAGAAUGUCCUUUGAAAAUGUAAAUGAUUAUAGUUAUCAAAGUAGUUAUCCAAAUGCUGAAAGCUUUGUGUAUAAUGUUUUCAAGCACCUAGUAAAAGGCAUCAGAAUUGACAUAAGGGAAAUACAACUAAAAAAUUACAUGAUCAAAUUUGUUAGAGAAAUAUUGCUAAAUCCUAAAGAAUUUAAUUUUAAUUCAGAUUCAGGAACAUCUUGGCAUGAACCUUUAAAAAAGAUUUUGAAUUCUUUGAAUGGAACGGCAAUCCGAUUUCAUGGUGAAAAAGUGCAACUUCGAUUCGGAAGUUUUGGGUAUAAGAAGAAAUCCAAACCUAAAUUGAAAGUUGUAACGUAUAUAAGGACAACAGCAUCUCCAGAAAUGCAUCUUUAUACAACUCGUGGUCUUCAGACACGUAUUGGAAUAUAUGAUGGCCAAGAUCAAAUCCAUCAGAUUCAAAAUCCUUGGUCAGAUUCAGAUCCCUCAGGAAUAAUUGAAGAUCCGCUAAACAAUAUUCAUGUAAGUAAAUAUUUAUUUACUCCUGUUCAACCAACAAAUAACGAUUUAAAUAAUCAUAGUAAACACAGAAUUAUCAGUAUUGUAUCAAAUGUCAGACGAUUGAAACAAAAAAAUAAACCGGGAGUUGGCCAACCAGAUCGUUCGGAAUCGAACACUAAAAGAUGGUCACAUCUCAGAAUUGGGAAGGAAAAAUUGAAAGAAAUGAAGCAAGUUCAAGAAACGGAAUCAAUGCCAGAAAAUCGAGAUUUUGAAAAUAAGAUUUUUUCAUACUCCGGGGGUUGGAAAACUCAUAGAACCUUAGGUUCAGGGGAAGAUAUUAAGCAAACAACAAAUUUUCGUACAGAAUCCAAAAAUUUUGACGAGGUCAAAUUACAAAUUAGUAACAAAUUGUCAAAGAAAUCUAUAACUGAUGCAAACGCGGAAAAUCCAUUCCCGGACUUUCCAGUGAUUAAUUUUGAUAUAAGAAGAGCGGAAGAUUCGUUUAAAAAUGGAUUCGAAACAAUAAGAGUAGGAAAGGCUAGUACACAUGUUGAUUUGAGCAAUGUAUCAUCAAUUGUUUCUGUAUACGUUUUGAUGAAACAUCAGAAUAAUGCAGAAAGUGAAAAAUAUUCGCUUCCAAUUUUAGAAUUUCAUGUAAGGAUGCCUGCACAUUCUCUUCCUGUGGGUGCAAAAUAUAGUCCAGAUUAUAGAGCGAGAAAAGUGGAGCAUGAUCAAAUUCAAGAAUCUAAAAUCCCAAGUAACCCGAGAAAAUUAGAUUUGAAAAUAAUUCACAGAGCACAAGCAACUCGAAGAAGGAAGACAACUGAAGAAUUCAAAAUAACUAAAAGAAGAACAACUCAAGAACCGCAGAAGAGAUUAAAAUCUCAAAAAUCACGAAAACUAAGAGUUCAGACUCACAACAAACAAAGAAAUGAAGAUCAAAUCAAAGAUUUGGAUCUGAAAAAUAUGAAAAAUCACACUGAUUUGAAUUCUGAGAAAGCGAAUGAUUUUCUAACCACUAUUUUUGAAAAUGUGACGAAUUUUAAAAGUGUUGCUGAUUUGAGAAGGAAAAGACUAUUGUUGUAUCUUGCACUGAAAUAUUUAAGACAUGUCGCUGAUGAAAGACUCGAAAAUAAACCCAACGAAGGCGAAGAAAAUUCACUUAAGACUUUUAUGAAACUAAAUAAUGAGUUUCGACAAGUUAAUAGAAAUUCGAUGCCGAAUUCAAAUCUUAGGGUCCAGGAUCCUUUUCCAGAAGUUCAGAAUUUGCAGCAAGUACCAUUGUACCCAGGUUUGGAUAAUAGAAUGCUUUUUAAUCAAGUGGAAAAUGAUUUAAAUCCAAAUCGUGGAUUAUUAAAUCAAAUGCCUUUAUUAAACUACAAUACAAGGAGAUAUAAUGAUAUGCCUUUUAAAAUUAUAAAAAGAUCUUACAAUCUAAGAAUGCGUAGAAAUGUAGAAUCGUCCAAGAAUUCCAAGUCUAGAACAUUAUUUCUGGACAAUAAAGAAUACAAUAAAAAUCAGAAUAAUAAUCCAUGAGAGUAUAUCAUAUUAAUAUGUAAAUUAUAUU